UUUACACAAUUUUCAUCAUUAAAACAUGAAUCUGGGCCCAUUUAGAAGGAAGCCCAAAUUUUAAUGAACAUUGGCCCAAUUUUAGAAAUUAAGAUUAGGCCCAAGUCUACACCAUUUACCACUUCCCUGCGAAUUUCUCCGUCUAAUUUAUCGGAAAACUGAUCUCCGCCUAUCUCCGGCGACUCUCCGGCAAAAUUGAGUUAGUUCAAAGUCAUCAUAUAUCAACAAUGCCUCACAGAGCUCGACCUAUGGCAGGUCUCCUGCUGUUUACUGGACUUAACGUUGUUUUGGUCUCAACUAUAACUCCUGUCUAUGAUUUCGUAUGCUUCCAUCCAUAUUGGGAAAGAAGAAGAGAGCGUCGGCGUCAGGAACGUGAAGCAGCUUUGAGAAGUUCAACAUCUGCUCAAGUUUGAUAUCAAGAGAAAGGUAUUUAAAGAAACGAAAGAAGUUGGAGCCCUUCACGCACUUCUGGUCUAUAUUCUGCCCACAAGUUUUUGUUGUUCCCCUGGUACAUAUGGAGUCACAAUUUCAAGUUGAGCUGGCUUACACUUGAAACAGAGAAAGAUGAAGACAUACACAUCUUACUAGCGUACUUGUUCUCUUCGAAAGAAUUUGUGACAGAAGCUCUUUUUUUGGUUUUGUUUUCUGAGGAAACUGUUGUUCCAUCUUUAUUGGUGAGUGUUUGGCUGUCUGAAUCUGGAAGUUUGAGAACUGAAAGAUCUUGGGUGGUUUCACGUUUCUUAAUCUCGAUGCUUUCCAUGUAUUUUUAGAGGCUACUAGAACGUUUUUGAGACUGAUUUGAUGCAUGGCUGUUGAUAAAGUUCAUGGUACCUAUUAAUCUUACAAGACAUAGGAAGGCAUUCAUACUUUGA